AUGGUCAACGUCGCUACCGCACUGAGUGCGCACCAAGCGCUGCUGCGUGCAAGAGAAUUGUGUCUAAUUGGUGAUUAUGACAAGGGCAUUAUCGAGUUUCGUGAAGUACAAAGGACGCUGAAGUUGCAGCUCAGUGGAGAUCCAGAUGCACGAGAGUUCUUAAAGGAUUUAGAGCGAGAAUAUCGUACGAUUCUGGAAUAUCUUAGUACACUACAAGGUUUGAAGAUCGUAGCAAGGAAAUUUCAAGGAUUACAGAGGCGUAAUAAGGUCGUGAGGGACAAGAGACUGCGACAGACGAAAGAAACCAUUGCUGUAGAGAAAACAGCGACUACCAAGAAAUCGACUACAAUGGUUCAACGAGCAAAGGAGAGACAGGUGCCAUUGUGGAUGCAUCGAGGAGAGCCACGUGCUACUACAUUGACAAAAGCACGACAGCUUUGUCAAUCUCGGAAGAGUGCAAUGAGACCUGCAACGAGGUCGUCUUUAGAAAAUGAAAUAAACGUUACAAAUGGUGCAAAGCGCAGUAGGGUAUCGUCAACUCAAAAUGCAGAUACAAAGCAGCGAAAGAUAGGGCAAGGGCCGCGGUCUUCAAAGCGACGUGAGAGUAGCCAAAGCACAGCCAGUUCAAAUAAUACGGAGUCGCACCAAGAGACCAUUGCAGGCAAAGUGAAAUACUCAGAGGUGGCCAAAGAAAACGGUUGGGUGGAUCAAGAGCUUAUUGAAACUAUUGAGCGGGACAUUGUAGAUCAUGGAGAGCAAGUCACGUUCGAAAAUAUUGCUGGCCUCGCGCACACGAAGCAGCUCUUGCAGGAGACUGUGAUGCUUCCACAAGUUGCGCCGCACCUGUUCACGGAUGGGCUUCUUAAACCAUGCAAUGGCAUUCUGAUGUUUGGUCCACCAGGAACAGGAAAAACGCUUCUUGCGAAGGCUGUUGCACACGAGUGCAGAACAACUUUUUUUAAUGUAUCUGCCUCGACACUUUCAUCGAAGUAUCGAGGUGACUCGGAAAAAAUGGUGCGAAUACUUUUUGACAUGGCACACUAUUAUGAGCCAUCUAUUAUUUUCAUGGAUGAAAUUGACGCCAUUGCGUCGACUAGAGGUGCUGCAACUGAACAUGAAGCGAGCCGCAGAGUGAAAACGGAGCUUCUUGUUCAAAUUAAUGGUGUAUCAUCUGGGGAGCACGAUGGCAGUCGAGUGAUGCUUCUUGCGGCUACCAAUCUUCCUUGGGAACUUGAUGAGGCUAUGCGGCGGCGACUGACAAAGCGUGUAUACAUUCCCUUACCCGAAGCCAAAGCACGCCGAGCGAUUUUCGAGCUAAACCUAGGGCAAAUUGAUCUGGGCCUGGAUGUGAAGCUGGACGAUCUCGUUGUGGAAACGGACGGCUACAGCGGCGAUGACAUCACCAAUGUCUGCGAAACAGGAAAGUAUCUCAUUGUCUAA